AUGACCAAAGCUCUCAGGGCUAUUAAAGCUGUAGGGUUUUUCUUCAUUUCACUGCUAAUUUACUCGUGCAUACACACGAUAAAGCUCAAGUAUUCCAGCAAUCCUUCAAUAAAACACGUGGAAAUGUCUACUGGAUUCAGAAACGUCGGCUACUUCACAAACUGGGGCAUUUACGGUCGUGACUAUCAAGUGGAGAAUAUCCCCGCUGCCUACCUCACCCACCUCCUCUACGCAUUCGCUGAUGUAGACGCUGCUACAGGUAGAGUCAAACUCAGCGACUCUUGGGCAGACGAGCAGAAACCAGGCAACGGCGACCCAUACGACGAUAGCGGCCGCAAUCUUUACGGUAACCUCAAGCAGAUAUACCACCUCAAACAGCGCAACCGCCACCUCAAGCUGAUUAUGAGCAUUGGGGGGUGGACAUAUUCACCAAAUUUCCAUGCUAUGGUUGUAGACCCUUCAAUGCGCUCGACGUUUGUUCAAUCAGCCAUACAGAUCCUUCAGGACUACGCUCUCGACGGUCUCGACAUCGACUAUGAAUACCCGGGUAACGCCGAACAAGCUUGGGGAUAUGUGGAGUUGCUGAGAGAGUUGCGUACUGCAUUAGAUGCCCUUCACCCUAACAACAACCCAUACGAACUCACCAUCGCUGCCCCUUGCGGUGCCUCCACUUAUGAGAUACUAUACGUUGGAGAAAUGGACAAGUAUCUCAGUUUCUGGAAUCUGAUGACGUAUGAUUUCAGCGGUAGCUGGGAUUCACACACUGCACACCAAUCCAACCUCCGUGGCCAGCCUAUGAGUGUGGAAACGGCAGUCAAUUGGUACAGAAGUAGAGGUGUGGCUGGAGAUAAGCUAGUUGUUGGUAUGCCGCUGUAUGGUCGCAGCUUCGCUAGCACUAACGGCCUCGGUCACCCCUUCAAAGGCGUAGGCGGCGGCAGCUGGGAAGCUGGCAACUACGACUACAAAGCCCUCCCUCAGCCUGACGCGCAAGAAUAUUUUGAUGGCGAUAGAAUGGCCUCCUACUCGUACUCAACAUCCUCCAAAGAGUUUGUCACUUACGAUAAUAUCGAUAUCGCAUUACGUAAGGCUGAAUACAUCAAGUCUAAUAACCUCGGCGGUGGUAUGUAUUGGGAGCUAAGCGGUGACCAUCAACAAACUAACAGAAGUAUCGUCGUUAACGUCGCUCUCAACUUUGGUAGACUCGAUGGCAUCAACAAUCAUCUCGAAUACCCUCACUCACGUUUCGAAAAUAUCCGCUCCGGUUUGAAUUGA